AGGGAGCAGCUUGGAGCUGGGCUCACACCGUGGCGCGCUCUGGGCGGCUCCGCGCUGUUGCCCCUGUGGCUCGCGCUGUCCCUGGCUCGGCUCGUGGAGACGCUGCGCAGACACUAGCCUUUGGCCACCGGCUCCUGCUGCUGCUGCCGCCCAGAGGACAGACCAGCCUCUGCCCGCGAUUUCCCCUCGGCAGCAGCGCUGCAGAGAGCGGGUGGGCGCGAGCUGCAGGAUGCGAGGUAGUUCUCCCCUCACCUCGGAGUUGUCUGAGUUGGCAGAGCCUCGCCCGGGUUCCUUGAGUCCUGCUCCCUUCGGGUUCGCUCCUCACCAGUUUGCUAGCCAUCGCUGUGCCAGGAAGCCCAGGCAACCCAGCUCCUGUCGUGGGUCCAUCCUGGGCCAGAGGAGGGCUGUCCCCAGCCAAGGCGCACUGUCUUCUCUCUGCUGACCCAUCUGUUUUCCCAUGGCGUCUCGUCAACAGACCCGAAUCCAGGCUUACCUGGAGAAAAACAAGAUCGGUCCUCUGUUUGAGGAAUUAAUGACCAAGUUAAUAACUGAGACACCUGACCAGCCAAUCCCAUUUCUCAUUGACCAUCUUCAAUCUAAACAAGGAAACCGAGGACAACUGCAAAGAACUUUGUCAGGGUCAGCGGCUCUCUGGGCAGAAAGCGAAUCAUCAGAACCCAAAGGAACAAGAAGGGAUUUGAGAAGCUAUGAUAAACCUUGGCAGAUGAAUGCAAAGAAGCCUAAAAAAUCAAAAAGUGACCUGGCUGUUUCUAAUAUUUCUCCUCCAUCACCAGACUCCAAAUCAUGUAAGUUUGUUACUUAGAUGUUAUUAAUUUGGCAAGUCUUUGUAGUCUUGGAAGUAAAGAAAACUUAUCAACUGAACUCAGACCUUACACUUGUUUUUGAUUAUUUGCUAAUCCUGAUGACUCCACAUUCAUACCAGAAUUUACAUUGAAUUUCAUUCACACAACUCUCUGUGUUCCUUUCUGCCCUCUCGAGUGUGUAACUGGCUAAGAUUUUUUCUGAUAUUCUGUUAUUUGAAGACUGUAAGCUACAUGAAACGUCUCUUACCUCUUAAGGCCCAUUGCAGCAAUAGACCUUAUUUGAAGCAAGUCAAAUUUACAGAAAAGCAAAACAAAUUUUUAUAGAAGGGAAAAAGAUUUGCAUUCUGAAUAUUGAACCCAAAUUUAAAACAAACAAAUCAACCAAAUACUGAACAGAAAAACUAGUCAUCUGACUUCUUUUGUCCCCCUCUUUGUUAUUCACGAUUAGUUUCCAUGUUAUUUCUUUGUCCUACUGACCUAAAUAUUCUUUGGUAUCUUAGUUACCAUUGGGUUUUUCCUAUGCUCUAUCAUGGUAACCUGCAUGGGAGCUCACUAAGUACCCAGGCUUCAAAUCCUGGUUAACCUUGGAAGACAAUAGAGCUUGAAUUUUCCUUUAUAUACCAGCUCCCCAUAAUUAAGUAUGAGUGCUUUAUUUUAAUCACAAGAGAAAGGAAGUUUAAGAUAAGUUAAAAUGUUUUAAAAAGCACUAUGUGCUAACUGGUGAAUUGAAUGUGGGGUGAUGAAAAUUAGCUCUGUAUUUCACCUACAUAACAAUGCUCAUUAAACCUGCACAGAGCUGUAGUGAAGAGUAUGUGGAGUACUGACUUUAAGUGUCCAUGGCAGAUUGCAAUUUUUUUUCAUUACAGAAAAUUUAUUGAAAUUUCCAAUUGAAUUCUAUUAUUAGUCAUUAUCACAUAUUUGAUAUGAAAUACCAUACAUAUUGAACAGUUCAGUUAGUAUUACAGUCAAGAUAAUGAACAUAUACCUCAUUUCAGAAAUUUCCUCCUGUUCUUGCAGGA